AGUUUCAUUCGUGAAAUUAAUCGUGAAACAACCAACCAAGAAAGUUUCAGUGAUUCCGUGAUUUUUGGAUUUCAUAUUUUGUUGGAUUUUGUGAUAAUUAAAUAUUUAAAAACAAGACUACUUAGCCACUUGCCAUAAGAAAAGAAGUGUUGAUUUGUAAUUUGUCAUCGUAUUACUAUUAUACAAUUGUUGUUGGAUUUGUUGUUGUUGGUUUAUUGGAGGGCCACACGACGAGCACGACGAAAAAUAGAAGAAAAAAAUAUAUAAUAAAUUAAAAAUAUUUCCGAGUGCGCAAUAAGAAGAGAAUUGUUUGAAACGACGACAGGAGUUUAAAAGCAUUUUAAAGCCUAUCCCCAAAACAAACAAAAAAAAAUCGUUGAGAAUAGAAUUCUCUUGGUUUUUUGCUGUGAAAUUUGAAGUAUAAAAAAUGUCGACUCCCGCACGAAGACGUCUAAUGAGAGAUUUUAAAAGACUUCAAGAAGAUCCACCAACUGGUGUUUCUGGAGCGCCCACAGAUAAUAAUAUUAUGAUAUGGAAUGCUGUGAUUUUUGGUCCACAUGACACACCCUUCGAAGAUGGCACAUUCAAAUUAACAAUAGAAUUUACGGAAGAGUAUCCCAAUAAACCGCCAACGGUUAGAUUUGUAUCAAAAGUAUUUCAUCCCAAUGUUUAUGCCGACGGAGGCAUCUGUUUGGAUAUUUUACAAAACAGAUGGAGUCCCACAUAUGAUGUUUCAGCUAUAUUAACUUCAAUACAGUCGUUAUUGAGUGAUCCUAAUCCUAAUUCUCCAGCUAAUUCUACAGCUGCCCAACUUUACAAAGAGAAUCGUCGAGAAUAUGAGAAACGAGUGAAAGCUUGUGUAGAGCAAAGUUUCAUUGACUAGCCAUCAGCCGCCGCCGCCGUUAAAGCCUUUAAUUUAAUGCAAAUUAAUCUUAAAGAACAACCACAACCACAACAGCAACAACAACCACAUUUUCACCUGGAGUUCAUGUUCACAAUCAUUUCAGUUUUAUAAAAAAUGCUGCUAAGAAAAUACCAACCACCUCCCCCAACCCGCGCCCCAAAAUCAAUAAACUAAACAAAACCAAUCCCUCCUUUUAUUAGCUCGCUCGCUCGCGUCGCGUCCCUAACAAACCUUAGAGUUAAAAAAAAAGAUAAACAAGAAAUACAAAAUCCAAAGAGGAAGAGAAUACACAAGAAUUUUAUUAGUAGUCGUCGUCGUCGUCGUCGUCGUUGUCAUCAUCGUCGUCGUCGUUGUUUCACCACCCCUCAACAAAGAAAAAUGUUGGACCUCCAAAUUAAGUAAUAAACUCAAAACAGAAACAAAGUAAAAUAAAGUAAAGCGAAAUGGAAAUGGAAAAACCUACAACAAAAACACACACACACUUGCAAUUACAAAAUAUGGAUAGAAAUUUUAAAAGAUUACACAAAAACAGGCUUUUAACUAUUGAGUACUAUACGGCCCCUCCCCUCCACCUACCCAAGGAUUUUCGGAUGAACUCCUUUUUGGUUUUCCUGUAUUCUUAUAUAGCAAUACUUAAUUACUUAUGAUGGGAAGCGAUGGGAAUACUACUCGCGUAUUGUUUUAAUAAAAGAAAAAGAAAAAAACUUAAAUCAUACAAAUCAAAGGAAGGAAAGAAGGCAGGAUUCGAUUUAUUAAUAAUUAUAGCAACAAUAGUAUAGAAAGCAAAUCAUAAUUAUCUAAACCCCCUCUCUCUCUCUCUCUCUCGCCGCCACACAAAAAUAAAAACAAACAACAACUAUUCCUACCACAAGUAAACAAUAAACAAUCUAACAAGACAGCCACUCAGACAAACUCUCUCCCCCCC